AUGGUUGUUGAGGCAAAAGAAUUAUUUAAUCGGAUGGAGAAGCUUGGAUGUGAACUUUCGAUUGUGACCUUCAAUGCGCUUAUAAAUGGACUGUGCAAAGCUAAAAAUCUUGAGGAAGCAAUGAAUUUAUUUUACAAGAUGGACGUCGGGAGAAAAUAUUCGUUUCGCUUCAGUCUUUCUCAAGGUUCUUGUCAAGUUUCUGAUGGUGCUAGUCUCCAGAAAAAGGUGAAGGAAAUGUGUGAGGCGGGACAAAUUUUGAAGGCUUACAAGUUAAUCACUGAUCAUGCUGGCGACCUUAGGCUUGACAUCAUUUCAUACAACAUUCUAAUCAAUGCCUUUUGCUUGGAUCGUGAAUUUAAUGCUGCUUAUAAUCUUUUUGAGGAACUGCAAAAGAAGGGUCUCUCACCCGAUAGUGUUACAUAUGGGACAAUUAUCAAAGGGUUGUUCAUAGUUGACAGAGAAGAUGAUGCCUUUAAGGUUUUUCAGCGUAUGCAAAAGACUGGCUCUGAACCUACCCUCUCAGUUUAUAGAACACUUAUGACUUGUUUAUGUAGAAAGAGCAAGGUCUCACGGGCAUUCACUCUUUAUUUGGAAUAUUUGAAGAGCCUUCCUAGUCGGGACAACGACUCAAUCAGUACUCUAGAAAAAUAUUUAUUCGGAGAAAAAUUAGAACAAGUGAUUCGAAGUUUACUUGAAGUGGACUUCAAGGCCAGAGAUUUUAAAUUAGUUCCAUAUACAAUUCUACUUAUUGGGUUAUGUCAGGCAGGAAAAGUAUCUGAAGCAUUAAUUAUAUUCUCUGUUCUUGAUGAGUUCAAUAUCAAAAUCAAUGCUACAAGUUGUGUACAUUUGAUCAGAAGUCUUUGUAAGGAACAAAGGUGUCAUACCCCAAUUUUUGACUUAAGGUCCCACUGA